AUGCUUGAGGGAUCAAUUCCAUCUGAAAUUUUCACAACAUUGUCCAGAUUACGACAUCUGAAUGUGCGUUUCAACAAACUCAAUGGUAGCAUCCUAGAAGAGAUUGGUCAAUUACAGCAACUGAGGCAGCUUAAGUUGGGGAACAAUAGCUUUAUUGGUGCCAUUCCCAAGGCGCUUGGAAAUUGUUCUUCUCUGGAUAUGUUGUCGUUAUUUUCGAAUUCUUUCUAUGGCUACAUUCCAACAGAAUUGGGUUCACUUACACUACUCCAAGUACUUCAGUUGGAUGAAAAUAGCCUUGGAGGAUCAAUUCCAUCUUCUCUCAUGAACUGCAUAGAAUUGAAAUUCUUGAGUCUAAAGCACAACAAGUUUGCAGGGACAAUUCCAGAGGAUAUAGGCUAUAAGUUGCCCAAAUUGGAAGCAAUUUUCCUCAGAGGGAAUAAUCUAAGUGGCAGCCUCCCAAAAUCUUUAGGAAACUAUUCGGCGGUCUAUGCUCUUUCGACUCGGGAUAAAAAGUUGAGCGGAGUGAUACCCCAAGAGUUGGGGAUGCUGAGUCGACUACAAUCACUUGGGCUUCAUAUGAACAGCUUCCAUGAAUUUGUUUUUCCUUUUCUCUUAAAUUGUACACAACUACGAGUGGUUAGUCUCGUAGUCAACAGGUUCGAGGGCUCCAUUCUUGUUAACAUUGGCCUCAAGCUCACCAACUUAUGA